GCCGCGCCCGCCGCGCACGCCAUGCUGCUCCGGCAUGGACGAGGGCGAGGAGAGCGCGCACGCGCUCGCCUGGUGCCUCGCCAACGUCGUCUCCCCGGCGGGCGGCGACACGCUCGUGCUCGUGCACGCGCGCCGCCCGCCCCCCGUCUACGCCGCCAUGGACAGCGCAGGGUACAUGAUGACCUCGGACGUGCUGGCGAGCGUGGAGCGGCACGCCAGCGCCGUCUCGGCGGCGGCCGUCGACAAGGCCAGGCGCCUCUGCGCCGGGCACCCGCACGUGGCGGUGGAGACGCUGGUGGAGAGCGGGGACCCGCGGGACGUGAUCUGCGACGCCGCCGACAAGGUGGGCGCCGACCUGCUCGUCAUGGGCAGCCAUGGAUACGCUUCAUCCGGAAUUUUUUAGUAGUAUGUAUCCAUAUAAUUUUUUAGUAGUA